AUGUCAACAGUUACUGAACAUUCGUCCACGUUGGAAAGCUUGUUGGAUAGUAUCUACGUUCCGGUUUGUUUCGCUGCUUUCGCGGCAUUUGCCGCCAUUUGGAUAACGAUUUUCCAGAUUCCUGGAAAAGGUGUCAGAGCAGAGAAGCUCAGCGAAGAGAACUCCAUUUCACAGGGAACCAUGGACGACAUCAGCGGCCUGCAAGACACCAUCAGCCAAAGUCAAAAGCACCCGAAGCACAGGUCAUCCAGGGCCCACAGGAGUCGCAAACCCCGCUCAGGAACCCCAACCACAACCACCACCAACAGCAUCAGCACUAGCCCAAAGGCCAGCAAGAACUGUAUUCUCAAUAAACCGUACUGUCCGAUUGGAGACGUAAGGCAAAGCUCAACGGACGCCUUUGAAGCUGCUGGCACUGGUGCUAGUGAAGACCACGUUUACUACAAUUCCGACGUGGAGCCCAUCAUGCUAGCUGUGGCGGCUGUGGAUGAGGCUGUCAAAUUGAGUACCACUGCUGGUGCCAGGACUUCUUCUGGAUCCCUGAGGGAUCGAGCAGCUGGUUCGCCACCAGAGGCCGACAGCAGCACCAGUAGAAGCAUCAGUCGCCUUCUUUCCAAGCCGGUGCUCAGGAGCAAAUUCUCUGCUGUUCCUUUACUUGGAACAAAGGCGGAAGAAAAAGGAAGGUUUGGAUCAUGGACGAAGUUGGAACCAGUAGAGCAAAGCGGUGGAAUUAUUGCCAGAAGAUCUAGACACGGCUCUGACUCAGGAAGUAGCAUUAUUGGUGCAUCAUAUCAAAGUGGUAGCAGUUCUAGGAACAGAGUCACUUUCAAACUCGACGAAGAGCAAACCGCCGUACAAGACUUCAUUGAGGAUUUAGCGAAAGUCGAACACCCGAGGAGGAUGAGUGAAACAUCCAUCAAACUUGACAAUACACAGGCCAAGGUUUCUUGGGGAUACAAGCAAAAGACAAGUAAGAAAUUGGACGAUUCGAGAGACGAUGAAAACACGUUUUCGUUGAAACGAGAGGGUAAAGCUUUUACCUCUCGAAUUGAAGAAAAAGAAAUUUCAAUUACCCCCCGUGCUGCACCCGGAAGCAAAGCUGUUCAGACGGAGAUUACCAUUCCAGACGAGUAUUCUACCCCGUCAGUCGGGCAAGAAUUUCCGAGAGAGGAAAGAAACAAAACCCAACCCCUGGAUAUUUCCCGAAGAAGCCAGUCUGGCAGCGAAGCGGAAGAAGGCGGACUUUUGCACGCAGAAGCAGCUGCACCGAUUUUGCAGCUUUUUAAGACAACAAAGAAGCCUAUCAUAAUUGAAAGGCUACACGCACCGUAUCCCCUUGGUUCAUUGUUGAUGUACCCGUGUCCAGAAGAGGGAUUAGUGUUCAGGAGCAAUUGCAUGUAUGAGAAUUCUCAUAUCCUGCCUCUGGAAUCAAAAGUUCCGGAUGAACCACGAGAUGAUGCAGUUAUGAUAAAACCAUUCACUGCUUCAAAUACGCGCGAAGAAGAGACCACUGAUAAUUUCGAAAAAGAAGGCGACAAUCAUAAAUUUCGAUCCAUGACAGCAGAGGAUCAAGUGCUAAACGAACACGAAGAUGUUCUGGAAGAGGGGAAAAUUUCCACUGACAACAACAACAAGUCGCCAUUAUUGCUAGUCCAGCAUUGUGUGUCUCAGAUUCAUCAGGGCCAAGAUCAAAUCGCAGCAACUACAGCACUCAUCGAUCAUGAUCCAGCAACUGCUGAGGAUCGUGAGGACGGUGAACACGAAAAGAGUGACGCUUUGCGGCGUUCUAGAAGACACAAGAAAGAAGAUCGUGGGUGUCAUUCGGUGAAACUGGUGUGUGCUUCUUGUCCAUGUGCUGGCCAGCAGCAAAGCUGCAAUACGACGACGGGACACGUCGGGGAUUUCAUGCAGCCAUUUUGUCAAACGCAGGGAUUUCCGUGCGUGGAAAAGAUGGCGGAUGUUACGAAUAGCUUCCAUUGUCAAUUGGAAGCCAGUCGGUUCACUUUACCAACGCCUGAUGGCUUUGAAACCGCACAAAAUAAUAUUCUGGCAAUUGUUCCGAGAGAUUCCAUAGAGUAUAUCUCCGAAGAUUUUAAGAAAUUUGAAGAAACCAGAAGUUGCGAACCACAGCAAGAUCAAUCCCAGGGCAAAGACGAGAACUUGGAAAAGAAAGAAGAGCCUAGAUCAAGUUUCCAGCAAUUCUUACCCUUGCCUGGAGAAGUGACACCUACCGGGAGUCUGACAACCAUCGAAACAUCAGUAACGCCAUCGGUUGGAAAUCAAAAACCUGCUAGAAAAGUCAAGAUUGUGAAGAAAAUCGCGAAACCCGUCAAGAGCAAACCAGAAGGCAAUAAUGCUGAGGCGACCCGUAAGCCAACUGACGAAAUUCCCACCACUCCUCCUGCCUCGCCAAAAUCCAGGAAAUUCAAGAAAAUUGUCAAAGUCGUGAAACAG